UGACUUCUCUCCUUAAAUCACAUUCUAUUUAAAUCCUCCCGCAAUCCCGCUGUCAAACACAUCCCUUCCUACUUAGUACUACAACCAUUCUUAAAGUUUACACUAAUCCUUGAAACUUACGAAUUACCUCUCCUAUUCCCAUUAAAAAUAUCUAAGCCCUUUUAACCGGAGCCGGCCCAACUGCCGACCUUAUACUGUGGCGUUGUUGUGUUUCCCCUUAACGUCGGUCCAAAAUUUCUUCUAUAUAUAUCUCUGACUCUUAAGACGUGAUCCUCUUCUAAGAUUCACUUCAGUACACCCCACAUUGCCAACUUAUUUUUUCUCUUUCUCUUCAAACAAUUUACGGAAAAACAGAGUAAUAUUACAAUGGCGAAACCCCAAGUCUUACUUCCCCUGUUCUGUUUAUCUUUUGUAUUCCUAUUUUCAGGGGUGUUGUCAGCAACAUUUACAUUAGUAAACCAGUGCAGUUAUACAGUAUGGCCAGGGAUAUUAUCGGGUGCUGGAACUACCCAGGUUUCUCCUACAGGAUUUCAGCUGAAUCCUGGACAGGCCAUACCCGUUUCAGUUCCAGCAGGUUGGUCAGGUCGUUUAUGGGGUCGAACUUUUUGCUCCCAAGAUUCCACUACAGGUAAAUUCACAUGCGUUACAGGUGAUUGCGGCUCCGGAACAUUAGAGUGCAUCGGUGGAGCUGCACCACCAGCCACUCUAGCCGAGUUCACACUCAAUGGAGCCGGUGGGCUCGAUUUCUAUGACGUCAGCCUUGUAGAUGGUUAUAAUUUACCGAUGUUAGUGACCCCACAAGAUGGGACCAACUGUUCUGCAACUGGGUGUGUUGUUGAUCUUAAUGGGCCAUGUCCAUCUGAGCUGAAGUUGAUUGGUAGUGGUGGUGAAGGUGGUAGUGAGUGCGUGGCGUGUAAGAGCGCGUGUGGAGCGUUUGGGGAUCCGAAGUAUUGUUGUAGCGGGCCUUUUGCUACGCCUGAUACAUGUAAGCCGACGGAUUACUCGGAGUUUUUUAAGAGUUCAUGCCCACGCGCAUAUAGCUAUGCGUAUGAUGAUGGAACUAGCACCUUCACUUGUGCUUCUGCAGAUUAUGUCAUCACAUUUUGUCCUGCUUCUUCCACUAGCCAGAAAUCAUUAGGAGGAAAAUACGCUGGUGGCAGCAAUGUUUCAUUGGUCAGUAGCAGUGGUAUUUUAACCUCAGGUCCAUUACCACUUUUUACAAGCUUGACGAUCACCAUUCUAGCAGCCCUUUGGCUGUUGAGGGAUUUGCAUUGAUCUUGUGAAUUGAAGUGGGCCACUCGACAAUUUUGAGCCCACAAUCCUUCGAAGUAGUCAUUGCCGGCAGAGAAUAUACCCACUUUUGCAUGUGAAUUCAAUACCCCAAAGCCGGCCAUUCUUUGGAGUCUUUGAAGAAACUGUUAUCCGUGUGACGUGGGAAUCUCUCUCUUUCUUUUGAUAAAAAAAGAAGCAGCAGCAUGAAGAGCUAAGGAAACAAUAGCGACAAGAACAAGGACAGGCCAAGUUGUUAAUUUUGUGACGGAGUAGAAUUAUUAAUUGUGAUAGUUGAUUGAGGUUAGCAUUCAGAUAGUUUUUGUAAUAUAAAUAAAUCAAAGGGUGGACAGGGUUUUAGUGGCAUGAGAGAUAUCAUUUUAAUUUGUCAAGUAAUGCCUUGUUGAUGACAAUUAAAAAGGGUUGAAUAUCUCCUCGAGUUUUUACUCUUGUAA